UUUUGGUAUUGGAUACUCAGCUAUACCAAGUUUUGUUGUUGUUGUUGUUUUCUGUAAUUUGUUAAUUUGUUUUCUCAUUGACAGGUUUCAUUUGGUUUCUGGUAGGUAAAGUUUAUUUGAAAGAAUUCUUGGGUAAUUUAUUCAACUCAAUUCUCAUUUAAGAUAUUUCUAACUUCUUUUCCCUUUGUGAUAUUAUGUUCCACUGUAAAGAAUAUAUGCAACUUAUAUGUUUGCUGCAUUAGUAUUUUCUUCAGUAUGAAUUAAUGAAAUUGUGUGAGGUGAUAAUUAGCUUCAUUCAAUAUGCAAUGGUUAGGUUUCCACGGGAAAGUACUUGGUGAUGAGAUUAGACUUGAUAAUAUGCCUUAUCUGGUCCUGCUUGGAUAAGCAUGAAACUAAUGAUAUACAUGUGACUUCAACAUUGCAAUUCGUAUGGACUUUUGUAAUACAUAUCAAGCUCCAGAAAUUUUUCUACAUGGCUGUUGUCUAGGUUGUGGCUACAGUAAGUUUGUGCAUCCUGUUACUGGUUUGGAAUCAAACAAGGCAGGAUCAAGCAACUGUGCGUGUGCAUUUUGUUGGAGGCAUUUCAGAUGCAAAGUUGUUGAUGUUACUCUGAUAUCGGACCGUGGGCUACAUGCCUAGUUACUUAAGAAUAUGAUUAUCAAGAUAAAGAACUGUGGAGAAAAAUUGGGUUUUCUCUGUCGAAAUUACUGUUCUAGUGAACCAUCAAGGCACAUUACUGAUGAUCCAAUCAAAAGAAUAUGCAAAAUCAUGAUUUCUAGCCCGGCACUCAUACUUGAUACUGCCCUCGACCAAAGCGGGGUCAGAAUUACACCUGAAAUAGUAGAGGAUGUUCUCAUGAGAUUCAAGAAUGCCGGGAUGGUUGCAUACCGCUUCUUUGAGUGGGCAGGGAAGCAGAGGAACUACACACACAGUGUUAAGGCGUACCAUGCUAUGAUUGAUUCUUUGGCCAAGAUAAGACAGUACAAGAUCAUGUGGGAGCUUGUGAACUCAAUGAGGGCCCAAAAGAUGCAGAAUAUGGAGACAUUUGGUAUAAUUAUGAGGAAGUAUGCCAGGGCGCAGAAGGUAGAGGAAGCGCUUUAUACUUUUAAUGUUAUGGAAAAGUAUGAUUGUGCUCCGAAUUUGGCGGCAUUCAACAGCCUGCUGAGUGCUUUAUGCAAAUCCAAAAAUGUGAGGAAGGCUCAAGAGAUUUUUGAUAAAAUGAAGGACCGCUUUCAGCCAGACUCAAAGACAUAUAGUAUAUUGAUUGAUGGUUGGGGGAAGGAUCCGAAUUUGCCCAAGGCAAGGGAGGUCUUUAGAGAAAUGGUUGAUGCCGGCUGUAAUCCUGAUAUAGUGACUUACGGUAUCAUGGUUGAUGUUCUAUGUAAAGCGGGAAGGGUGGACGAAGCCAUUGAGAUUGUUCGGGGCAUGGAUGAUAGUGGUUGUAUGCCUACAUCUUAUAUCUAUAGUGUUUUGGUGCAUACGUAUGGGGUGGAGGAUAGGAUUGAAGAUUCUGUUGAAACAUUCUUGGAAAUGGAAAGAAAUGGAAUCAAGGCUGAUGUAGCCGUCUAUAAUGCUUUGAUUGGUGCUUUUUGUAAGGUUAACAAGUUCAAGAAUGUGCACAGGGUCUUAAAUGAUAUGAAUUAUAAAGGUGUUGCACCCAAUUCAAGGACAUGCAAUAUCAUCUUAAACAGCUUGAUUGACCGUGGAGAAACUGAUGAGGCAUUUGGUGUCUUCCGUAAAAUGAUCCAAGUAUGUGAUCCAGAUGCAGAUACGUAUACAAUGAUGAUAAAAAUGUUAUGCGGGAGAAAUAAAUUGAAAAUGGCUCGCAAAGUGUGGACAUACAUGAAGUUGAAACAGUUUAUCCCCAGUAUGCAUACAUAUUCAGUCCUUAUAAAUGGAUUGUGUGAAAACGGUGAUGCUUCAAAGGCUUGUGUCUUACUGGAAGAGAUGAUAGAGAAGGGAAUUCGGCCAUCAGGUGUGACGUUUGGGAGAUUAAGACAGUUGCUUAUAAAAGAAGGAAGAGAAGAUGUACUAAAAUUUCUUCAAGAGAAAAUCAAUCUCCUGGUCAAAGAGCCAUCUUUUGAUUAAGGAGUCAGACUGGCAACUGAGAAACAUGUGCUGUUUGGAUUCUUAAUGUAUAUUCCUGUUGGUGCUGCUUGCUUACAGGAAAAAGACUCAGCUUUUGCAGGUCAGAUACUUUCCAGUUUUUAUGUUCAAAUCAAAUACUUAUCAGCUUGCAUUUUCAUGCUGUUUGUUGAGAAACUAGAUUGCCGUAGGGUUUUGUAGAAUCAGAUGUUGCUGAGAUGAUACAGUUGUCCUUAUUAACAGCACAUAUUUUCUGGCAAAUCCCUGUUCACAACAUUUCAGUUAGUUUGCAAACAAUGGUCCAUAACAGCAGAUCAUUAUCAGGCAUGAGUGUCAUUGAAGUUAUUACUGCCCAUAUGUUCCAUACUUCUACUAGUCUUAUGUCUAGUUUAGUUUUUUUAUAACUGGACUGGCAGCGGAAACCAAGUUGUUUCAACAUAUAUGAACAUCAAAAUGUUAUUUGCUGGACUACAGAAAGCUAUCUUUUGUUUUAGAUAAUGUAAACAAGAGAAAAUGCUACUAUGACAUCCAAUAGUAAGUGAUUUUAUCAAUUACAACAUUUAACUGGAUUAGCGGCAUUGAGCUGCUGGUCAUUUGGCUGUGGUUUCCACAGAAGCUGAACCAAAAGCAAAGGGUAUGACACCGAAUGACUUUGUACAGAUGAAUCAAAAGUGACACGGGCUUACUUGUAUGUGUGCUUACUUAUACAAGUACAUGGAGGAAGGAGCUGAAGAUGUGGGACUGUUGGAUUACAUAAGGAAUUAAAGACUUGCAAAAGGCUUGCGAGGAAGUGUAUGCUGUCAUGGUGAUGCUGUCCCGCCUCUCCGUUUAUAAACCAAGGUAGCUGUAGAAUUUUUUGGAGCUAAAUUUUUUGUUCCAACUGAAGAAAAGAAAAGCCUGACUAUUGACCAAGUAGCAAUCCUGCUAUAUGAGGAUGAAGGUGCAUGUGCCUCAAGUUAUUCUUAGGGAUUCUAUGUGGUUAUGGUUGUAAGUACAUGUAUUUAUUUUCUCAUGAACUAGCUGGGGUGUUGAAUAUAAAGGCAAUGUGGGUUAGCUGGUGAAAACUGAAUCAAACAAUUUUACUAUUUUAUAAAUUGAAUUUCAGUGUCAA